AUAAAAAAUCUGCUUAUCUUUUAGGAAUAAAGGGUUGUGCCUGCCCCAGCAACUGUCAGUCACAGGCAGCGCAGCGUUGGGUCAAGCCGCAGCAGUCAGGAUGGCCGAUCUCAGGAUCCUCCUCCUGGUCAGCCUGCUCUCUCUGCCCCCGGGUCAAGGCGAGGGACCCUGUUUGGACGAGCUCUACGUUGAAGGAUGCCCAACUUAUGUGUUCCGAGUAGUCCGGUUAGCCGUUAUGAACACGACCCGGAACGUGUUCAUAGAACCGAAAGGAAGCUCCGUAAUAACAUUUAGGGGUGAAAGAUUUCAUGAGUCGGUGAGGAUCUCGACGCGGCGCCAGAUCCGCCUGUGGAAGAACGGCUCCGAGUCAUGUAUGGAUGUCUCUGGACUUCAGCCAAUGAAAUGGAGGAGCAGCAAAAAUUAUCUUGAGAUACAGUCGAGCAAACCUCUUUGGUUUUCGUUCGACUGUAUCAAUGCUUCCCACAUAAUGAAAUCCAGAGCCAUCUGCAGCGCCGUGGCAUCCGAAUUUCAAGUCCCCCUCCACGAUGGCCGCCACUUCCUCCUCCGUCUCGUUCCAGGCUGCCGCUUCCACCGUCUCAUUAAAGUGGUUUUCGUUCCCGGCGAGAAUGGCCUGGUGACCUGGAGGCCGGAGGGCCAAGCCUUUAAGUUAGAAGCCGGAAUUCGGGCUUAUGGACGAGUCGACUACAUAGAACCAGGGAAACGUUCUUAUGACAUCGCAAUCCACGGGUCGUCUGCGGGACCCUUGUGUGGCAUCAGCUGCCCUUCCCUGAACCUGAACUUCAUGAGCGCUGCAUACUGCGGACAUCCCAUGGUCAUCAUCAGCGUAAACAAGCGAGUGGUCCGCCGGAAGACGUCCCCACUGCACUCGCCAGCCCAAGCAGCAUCUCAACGGUCGACGGGGAUAAAACCAGUAAGACCUUUCCCUUACUCGUGUGCGCCAGAGAAGGUAUGUUGAGGAGACCGG